AUGAUUAUAAAAUAAUCACAUAAAAUUAAAAGUAAUAGAAGCCUUAUAAUUUAUUUAUUUAUUGGAAGAGAUUUUCGUUAUUAAGCUUAACAAGAUAGCAGUAAGCCAAAAUUUUUAAUCAAAAUUUUUCUUAAAUUGAAAUUAAAAGCUAGCUAGCAAGCAAUUUAAUUAAAGAAUACUAAUAAUUAUUAUAAUAAAAUCCUAUAAAACUAAGAAAGCAAUAUACAUACAUAUUUAUUUAUUUAUUAUCAAUUUUGUAAAAUGGGAUAAUCAUAAAGCCAAGAAAAUGAAGACGAAAAGGAGGAUAAGACACAGAAUGAGAAAAAAAAGUCAGAAAAAAUAUAAAUUAGUCCUUAUGUAGAUGGAAUGCCCGUUUUGCAAUCUAAGUUAUAAAAAUUAAUUAAAAAAGAAGAUAAUGAGAAAUAGCAAAAUAAUGAAGUGUAUCAGAUGAAAGAAAGCAAAGAAAUAAACACAGAUAUCCAUUAGGAAAUACAAUUAAUCGAAUAAAAUAGGUUCUAAAACUGCAGUGAUCAUAUAAGACAAGAAUUUGAAAGCUUUUCCAAUGAAAAUAAGAUGAGUUAGCGCAAGUUACUCGAGUAUUUCGGACUCUAAGAUCUUGAAAAGCAAAGACUAGGAACUAGGUUUUUCUUAACUUGUAAAAGCACAUUAAGUUAAGAAAAGACAGGCCCUUAUCUAGACUACAGCAAAUUCUUAAAAACAUUAUCGAUGCUCUCUGGAAAUAAUGAAGAUGGGAGAUUUUAAUUUUUAUACUAGCUCUUUGAUAUAAAUUUAGAUGGUAAAAUUGAAAAAGAUGAAAUGAGAGACAUCCUCCAAAUGAUUCUUGAUGCUCUACUGAGCGUAACUUAUGAAGAUGAUGACUUGAAAAAUUUAUCAAAGAAAAUACAAGGAGAGUAAGAAAGGAUGAUAAGUUUGGCACUAGACCAGAUAACUUCUGAAAUAUUUGACUCGGCAAAUGAGUCAAACAGUAUUAAUUUUUAAAAAUGGAAGAAUUGGAUAUCCUAAAUAGAAGGGUUUUAGUAAGUUAUAAGGUUUGAUCCUCAAGCGAAUAGCAAUAAUACUUACACACAACAAAAAAACUGA